GCCAAAAUUCGUACGAAGUAGUAAUUCUUCCAUUAAUCAAUUAAGGAAAUUUCCUGUUCUGUACCAAAUCUAAUCCCUUAGAUGCAGACACCAUACAGAUUUCUAAGAAAGUCAGCAUGAAGACUCUACCCUGAACAAUUGAACCUGAGAGAUUCCUGAUGCUGCAGCGGAAGCACGUGAGGCGGAGGUAGGUAACAGUAGCACUUCCAUAAUAAAACACUAAAAUAGAGUGACAAAAGAAUAAUUUGGAAUCAGAAUUCAGAAAGAAGGCACCGCACACCCACAAUACGAAAUGUACAAAACGAAGGUGCAAGAAUUGUGCCAGAAGAGGUCAUGGAACUUGCCGGAUUACGAAACCACCAGAGACGGCCCCGAUCAUAACCCUCGCUUCACUGCCGCCGUCACUGUUAACGGAAUCCGUUACGAGACGCCGUCACCGUGCCGGAAUUCGAAGGAAGCUCAGAACAAUGCCGCUAUGCUCGCCUUCGAGCAUCUCUCUUCCCAACAGCCCUCCGUCAUAAACCCUUCCCCUCCUCCUUUCCCCCCAAAGCCCAGGCUCAUGCUUAGGCCCAAGCCCAAGCCCAACAACAUUCCAAUCACCGGCACUCCUACUCUCCCAGGCUUGGAUUCUUUCCCCCAACCCACCCUCUUCCCGGGACUCUCUUCUUUCCCGCAGCAUCCUUCUCUCUUUGCUCAUUCCGCUGCUUCAUCGGCUCCUUCGCCUCACUGUACCCCUGGUAUCAACAACAUACUACCCACAAGUAAAGUGUUGCCACAGAAAUUAGAAGGAGGAUGCCAAAUUUCUCAGAUAACUGGCCCUGUUACAGCUGCUAGAGAUACCGUGACAACAGCAGAUCGGAAAAGUAUGGCACACUUGUACAAGAAUCAACUACAAAACUAUGCUCAAAAGCAAAACCUACCGUUACCGGUGUACACUUCCGAGUGGGAGGGCCCUCCUCAUGCCAUGCGUUUCAAGUGCAAAGUCACAAUUGAUGGACAGACCUACGAAUGUCCUACCGCCUUUUCUAAAUUGAAGGAUGCUGAACAUGCAGCAGCUGAAGUUGCUUUAUUGUCAUUAUUGUCGGGAGGAUUUCAAGAGGAUAAUUCCGUGUUAUACAAGAACCUUUUACAAGAAUUGGUCCAAAAGGAAGGAUUUAGCCUGCCUGCUUAUAAUACAGAAAGAUUUGGCGAGGCUCAUAUUCCGAUAUUUAUUUCACACGUGGAAGUUGAAGGGGAGGUUUUUACUGGACAAAAAGCCAAAACCAAGAAACAGGCAGAGAUUAGUGCAGCAAAGGUUGCAUACACCACUUUAAAAGAAAGAUCUGGCGAGGCUCAUAUUCCGACAUUUAUUUCACACGUGGAAGUUGAGGGGGAGGUUUUCACUGGACAAGAAGCCAAAACCAAGAAACAGGCAGAGAUUAGUGCAGUAAAGGUUGCAUACAGCACUUUAAAAGAAAGAUCUAGCGAGGCUCAUAUUCCGACAUUUAUUUCACACGUGGAAGUUGAAGGGGAGGUUUUCACAGGACAAGAAGCCAAAAUCAAGAAACAGGCAGAGAUUAGUGCAACAAAUGUUGCAUACACCACUUUAAAAGAAAGAUCUGGCGAGGCUCAUAUUCCCACAUUUAUUUCACACGUGGAAGUUGAAGGAGAGGUUUUCACUGGACAAGAAGCCAAAACCAAGAAACAAGCAGAGAUUAGUGCAGCAAAGGUUGCAUACACCACUUUAAAAGAACGAAAAGGCAAGUCAGAGCAGAGUUCUUUACUCCCUUUGUUAGAUCAUCCGCAGAAAGCUCCUGAACCUGAGUCAUUGCCUGACUGCUCAGAUUCAACUGUCCAAACUGAAUUCCAGCAUCAUGCUAAUCCAAACUAUCCUGUAAUUCCUGGAGUAAUCUCAUCAAGCCAACCUAACAAAAGUAAGGAAAAACAAUGUGUUAAAGUUUGCUGUAACUCUCUGACCAAAAAAAUAAAAGAAAAGAAGAGAAGAGUUUGUGCUAACCCAUGCACUGCCAUUCCAUCUCCAGAGCCUGUUGUUACAAAGAAGAAAGGGUCCUCCUCUGCAUCUGGAUGUGCAAAUGGCAGCAUGAAGGACUCUUUCUCAUCAGUUGUCAAGGCGGCUGCAGCCACACCUUCACUCUCAGACAGCAAGAAUGUGGCUUCCAACACAAACAAUAUGCCUUCCACUGCAUCAAGCUCCCCAGGACCCAGAAAAAGGAUGGUAGUUUACUCGCGGGAGACUAAUAUGGAAGUUGAAGGAGGUGGCACUUUGAUGCCAAUUAGUGAUGACAAAUGGGCUGCUUACGAAUAUUCCCAUUGAGAACUAAAUUGGUAGAAGAAUCUGCAGACUUGCUUGUAAUGUGUAUCAUAGUUUUGCGAGUCUGAAAUGGAUUGUGUUUGGCAAGACCAUGCUAUUUAUCAAAUUUGGGGGAUCAAAUCUUUAGAUGAAAAGAACUUUAAAGGGCGUAACUAAUACUUUGAAUAUAAUGAAAAAAAAAGAACUUUUUUA